AUGGAUUUUAAUGCUGUGAAUAGAUCUCCAUUAAAUACAAGCAAAACAAAAUAAAUGUAUACUUUUUCGAAGGCCAAACGUUGGGUUGAUCCUAAGGAUAAUGUGUAUAAAAUUGUAAAUUAAAGUUUUAGAUGCCCUCCAAUAUAUCAAUUGCCAACAACAUUGAGUAAGAGAGCUGCAGGAAUAGGAUAUGGAAAGAAGAUGAACAUAACCUAAGAAACUAUAACACCAGCACCAAACUCAUAUUAAGUUCAAACAGCUAGAGAACAUGGAUGGACAAUGGGUUUGGGUAGAGAUGUAACUUUUUAAUAUUAAUUCUCAAGCGUGCAAAUAAAUUUGAGAGCAUCUUCUUAGGAUUAGUCUAAAAAACACCUGGGCCAGGAUCAUAUAAUUUUAAAGAAAUUUAGUCAGCCGUUCGUUAUAGUAUAGGAUAGCGAUUAAAAAGCAGAAGAAGCAAAGAUAGAAAACCUGGACCGUAUUCCUAUGAACCUAUUCUAGUGGCGAAUACAAUUUACCACCCAGUAUAAAUAGUCGAGGAAAGUAUGCCCUUAGUCAUUAUCGAGAGUAAUUUUGAAUGACGCUAUCAAAUAAAUAGUUCCGGAGCUGUAGUUCUUUCACCUCCUAAAGCCCAUUCAGAUAGAAAAUUUUCAGAUUCUACACCUGGACCAGGGACAUAUAGAGAAAUUGGUAACCUAGAUCCUUUAGGAACAUAUUUUUGUUCUAAAUUUGGGGCAAGCAAAUGUAAUACAUUUCCUAAAGCACAACGCAUACUUUCAUAGCAUAGAGAAGGAUCACCUGGACCUGGAUAAUAUAGAUUACCAUCAGAUUUUGGAGGAUGA